GGAAGGGUGCAUUGGCUAUACCAGAAACAUCUCCUUUCACAAUAGGAAAAGGAAGCAGCAUUCAAUGCCUUUUAACCUGACACACUGCAUAGGAACUUCAAUAGUGCAGGUGGCCAGUCAUGCCCAUUGCAAAGGAUAGCCAGCAGAAUAUUGUCCUCAAAGUUAGAAGAGAGAGCAGAAUCUCCAAUAACAAAAUGGACUUAAAUAAAAUGGGAGUUUUUUGGUAAUAUGGUGAUGAUCUAAGAAAGGGAGUGAAUCUGAAAUCCCAUUAUUUAAGAGAAUCUAUCUAUACUAAUUAUCAUACCACUGCUCCAAUGGAAGACACAGAAGCCAAACUUUGCAGUAAUGUCAAAGAAGAAGCAUUCAGAAGGAAAUUGCCAUACUGUACAGGAGAAAUUGACUUCAUGGCUUCCAGAAAGAAACGUGGGAAGUUUGUUAAAGUUUCAUGUGCCAUCCAUCCUGGAGUUAUAUUUGAUAUUAUGAUCAACAAAUGGAACCUACCUGCUCCCAACUUGGUAGUCUCUUUAGUUGGAGAAGAAGAAAACUUCCAAAUGAAACCUUGGUUACGGGACACCUUAAGAAAAGGACUUGUAAAGGCCGCAGAAAGCACUGGUGCCUGGAUCUUUACCAGCGCUCUACAUGUUGGAAUAACGAGGCAUAUGGGGCAAGCAGUCCAAGAUCACAUGCUGGCUAGUACUUCAGCCAGAGUAAGAGUGAUUGCAAUAGGAAUAACUUCACUGGGAAAAAUUCAGCACAGAGAGAUUCUGGACAAUGUGAAGAAUGAAAAUCUUGUAUGCUACAAGUCAGAUAAUAACAGCCAAGGGCCACUGUACUCCCUUGACAACAAUCACUCCCAUUUUAUUUUGGUGGAUCAGAUAAAUCCAGAUGAACCAGAUGGAACUACUAAACUAUGGCUCACCUUGGAGAAACACAUUUCAGAACAGCGCACUGGGUAUGGAGGAACAGGUAGCAUUGAAAUCCCUGUGCUUUGUUUACUGGUAAAUGGAGGACCAAAAACACUUGAGAGAAUUUGCAGGGGCUUGGAAAACUCUGCUCCCUGGCUUAUCUUAGCAGGAUCUGGGGGUACAGCUGACAUCUUAGCUGCAGUAGUGAAUGAGCCACAGCUUAUUGUGCCACAAGUUAUUGAAAAGCAACUUCAAGAGAAAUUCCCUACAGAAAACUUUUUAUGGAAGGACAUUCUCCAGUGGACAGCAACAAUUCAGAACAUUGUUUCCCAGCAGCAUCUUUUAACAGUGCACAGUUUUGAGCAAGAAGGUUCAGAUGAAUUAGACACAGUCAUUUUGAAAGCUUUGGUCAAAGCCUGUAAAAGUCAUAGUCAGGAAGCUCAGGAAUACCUGGAUGAACUGAAGCUGGCAGUGGCCUGGAAUAGAGUGGACAUAGCUAAAAGUGAAAUAUUCAAUGGAGACGUGGAAUGGAAGUCCUAUGACCUAGAGGAAGUGAUGAUGGAGGCCCUGGUGAAUGAUAAGACAGAAUUUGUAAAGUUAUUUAUUGACAAUGGGGCCAACAUGUACGACUUCCUGACGUACAGCCGGCUUCAGAGGCUCUACUGCUCCAUCUCUCGGAAAUGCCUCCUCUAUGCACUCCUGCUGAAGAAACAUGAGGAAAGCAGGCUGACACUAGCAGGGAUCACAGGUCAACAACAUAAGGAAAUGAUGGACGUCUGCCCGCUCGUUAGCCUCCAUGAAGUUUCUAGAGUUCUCAAGGAUUUUCUUCGUGAUGCAUGUAAAGGUUUCUAUCAAGAGGUCAAGCCAGGAAGCAAGAAGAAAGCUGAUAAAACAAAUGCAAAACGAUUACCUGGGCUCCUGGAUAUGUACCAGAAGAGUGAGAAUCCCUAGAGAGAUUUAUUUUUAUGGGAAGUACUUCAAAACUGGCACAAGAUGGCAAACUAUUUCUGGGCUAUGGGACAAGAAGAUGUAGUUGCAGCUCUGGCAGCUUGUAAGAUUCUCAAGGACAUGUCCCGACUGGAGACGGAGGCUGAAGUAGCCCGUGGGACGAAAGAAGCCAAGUAUGAUCAGCUCGCUUUGGAGCUGUUCAGUGAAUGCUAUCACAACAGCGAGGAACAAGCUUUUGCUUUACUGGUGAGGAAAAACCAAUACUGGAGCAAAACCACCUGUCUCCACUUGGCUACAGAAGCAGACGCUAAGUCUUUCUUUGCACAUGAUGGUGUCCAGGCCUUCUUGACAAAAAUCUGGUGGGGAGACAUGUCAACAAGCAUGCCAAUCCUGAAAUUAAUCUGCGGAUUCUGGUGUCCUUUUCUAAUCUAUACUAAUCUAAUAGCAUUCAGUGAGCAAGUACAAUCAAAGAAUGAGCCAGAGACAUUUAGAGAGCUAGACAGCCUAGACACAGAAAGGACUUUGCUUUUUUCCAAGGAGGGGGAUAGGGUAGAUGUCACAGUAGAGAAGCAGAGGUCUGCUGAAAACAUAGCAUGGGCAACAUUCAUGUUUACUCGCUGGAAAAAGUUUUGGAGUGCCCCUGUAACAGUGUUUAUGGGGAACUUUAUCAUGUAUUUUGCUUUUCUGUUUCUAUUUACCUAUGUCUUGUUACUGGAUUUUAAACCUGCACCACCGGAGGGUCCUUCUUACCCAGAAAUUAUACUUUACUUUUGGGUUUUUACAUUGGUCUUGGAAGAAAUCCGACAGAGUUUCUUUACAGAUGAAGACAUGAAUUUAAUUAAGAAAUUUAAACUGUAUGUGGAGGAUAACUGGAAUAAGUGUGAUAUGGUGGCCAUCUUUCUGUUUAUAAUUGGAGUUACCUGCAGAAUGCUGAACUCAACAUUUCAAGCCGGCCGUACAAUACUUGCCAUUGAUUUCAUGGUGUUCACUCUGAGACUGAUACAUAUUUUUGCCAUUCACAAGCAACUAGGGCCAAAGAUCAUAAUUGUGGAAAGAAUGGUGAGAUGUUUUCUUCUCUUUUUCCUGAGUGUGUGGCUCAUUGCUUAUGGUGUGACGACUCAAGCCUUACUCCAUCCUGAUGACAGCCGAGUGGAAUGGAUAUUCAGAAGGGUGCUUUAUCGUCCCUACCUUCAGAUAUUUGGGCAGAUUCCACUGGAUGAAAUAGACAGUGAGAAAUUGAACUGUACCUCUACCCUGAAGAGUCCACAAGAAAAUUCACCAUUAUGUUCUAAUACCUAUGCCAAUUGGCUUGUCAUACUUCUGUUGGUCAUUUUCUUAUUGGUCACCAAUGUGCUACUUAUGAAUCUCCUGAUUGCAAUGUUCAGUUAUACUUUUCAAGUUGUUCAGGGCAACGCAGACAUCUUCUGGAAAUUUCAGUGUUACAACCUGAUUGUGGAAUACCAUGGCCGUCCAGCCUUGGCACCACCAUUUAUCAUUAUUAGCCACAUGCAACUGUUUCUCAGAAGAAUCUUUAAAAAGAUGGAGCACAAAAAGGAACAUCUGGAAAGAGAUCUGCCGGACAGCCUGGAUCAAAAAAUCAUAACAUGGGAGGUGGUCCGAAAGGAAAAUUAUCUUGCAAACCUGGAACAAAAGGAAAAAGAAAGUAACGAAGAGAGACUAAAGAAAACAUUUAAAAAGGUGGACAAUCUGUCUAAAUAUUUUAGUGGAAUGAAAGAGCAAGAGAAAUGGCUUAGAUCUCUAGAAUCACAAGUUAACUACUGUUCAGCUGUUAUUUCUUCCAUGGCAGAUACUUUAAGCAAAAAUAACCUCUUGUGCAAUAGACCAGUUCCAAAAUAUACAAGUUUUAUGAAUACCAGCACAAAUCAAACAAUCCUACCAGAAAGGAGCAAAGGCAAAGAGAAUAUAGAAGAGUCUGAAAAUGACAUGAUGUACAUUGAUAAUUAAAUUAAGUUCUCAUUUCCUCAGAUUAAUUUGCCAUUUUGAAGUACUUCUGGGGUGAAAUCCCAACUCCACUGAAGUCUGUGGCAAAACUGCCAUUAAGUUGUGGGGCCAGGAUUUCACCACUGAUGUAUUUGUGUAGCAGAUGUCUUCUAUUUCCUUCUCACUGUAUUUAUAUAUGUAGUUAACAGGGCAGUGAGAUUUUUUUUCCCCACUUCAUCCCCUGCCCUUCUGCACAGAGUGCCUACCAUAUUUCUCUUAACCUAUUUACCAACAUUAAGGAAAAGCAGAUCACUUGCUAGAGGCAAUCACCUGUGAUAUAUAAAAUUCUUCUGUGUCCAUGUCAGACUUCCAUCCUCCUUUGCCCUGCAACUGUGUCUUGCAUGAUUCUCUGGAUCCUCAAAAAACCUGCCAUGUUGCCAGACAGGGCCCACAAUACACUCCAGAACCACCUCAUCUCCUGUAAUAUCUGCGCUGCACGCUCUCUUUGUUGCAUCCUCCUUUCCUAGUUUCUCCUCCACCUCCCAUUUCCUGGUUUUUAUCCUCCCAUCUAAUCCAUACUGGCAGCUCCUGUUUUAGCCAAAUAAACCUCUCUCCUCUACUCUACUCUUGUAGCCUGUGUACUUCCUCCAAGCUUUCACUUCAUCAGUCAUGAUAAUAAACAUAUUCACUGCCCCCGGUACAUUCUUUGAUGCUCUCCAGACUGAUAGCAUCACUAUAUUUUCUAAAACACUUCUGUGCCUUUCACUCCCUUCCAGAUACCAUCCCCAUCUCAAAUUUCCUUUUUUCUACUGAGGACUUCAUUUCUUGAUUGUUAUUCCCUGUAUUCUUCCCAGAGGAAUUACUCUGACAAAAAGCGUGAUACUUACCACAGUAAAAUUAGUCAUUUCGUCUGUUUGCUGAAGAAAGCUCAGUUUCAUGGCUCUUUACUUCCCUAGAGAUUGUUAAUCAAAAGCUAAUCAGGAAAUAACCCAGGACUUCAACAGCAUAGAGGCCAGAUUUUUGCACUGAUAUAGUUUUUCUCAUCCCCAAAUGGUUAUACUUUCCAGCAUCUCCUCCUUAUCUUGACUACAGUAAUUUCCUCCUUUAUGGCCUUUCCUUAAUCCUAACUUCUCCCAUAACAUUUUCCCUGAAACAUCUUUUGUCCUCAAGUCUUCACUGGCUUGCUGUCCAUUUCAAAACCCAAAGUACAUAAUUGUUCUACUACCCUCACCUCCUUGAUUCUAUCCACUAUGCUCCCUGAGUGCCAGACUUCCGCCUGCUGUGUUGCUUUAGUAGUGGGCAACAGAAACUCUCCCAACGCAGCCCCAGAAGUUGGAACAGCUCCCUUACCUCCAAGAAAUCUUCUGACUUUUCUCAUCUUCUUGUCUGUCUCUGAAAAAUCAAAUCCUACCCCACAAUCAUUUUUCCUAGAAACUAGACCUAUGAACAUUUCACCGUUUGUCUUUUCAUUACAGUAGCUACAAAUAUUACACUUGUAUAUUUGACAUUGACUUUAUUUGUACAUAUAGGCUGUAAAACCUUGUUAUACUUUUGUAUGAGACAGCAUACACAAAUAAACCAAAUUUUACUACUUAAAAGGUUCUCUUCCUGUAAUUUUAUAGGGAUAGUGCCCAACCUUUUGGAUU